AGUAAGGAAAAACUUCCUGCGAGAGAAGGACGGUGCCAAGCGUACGUUCGAAAGUAGUGUAUCAGACUCCCAAGACGUAGAGAGAAGAAAAGUCGUAGAGUAAGACAUUUUUUAAAACGACUUUCUGUCGGUGCCUGGCUGCAUAUUCGGAUAUAUUUUCUAACUCAGGCUUCAAAAGUGGAGACCGUUUUUUCUUCGAUAUCCUUGCAUUUCUUUAAACGAGAAAUGGAAGAGGGCUCAAGUUCUCCCAUCUCCCCUGUGGAUAGCCUAGUGACCAGCGAGGAGGAGUUGGACCGACAACAGAAAAUAUUUGGAAGGAAGAGGAGACACAGUAAAAAGUCGAGCGAGGACUGCAGUCCGGGUUCCGUGAAACGGGGCAAAAAAACGAGUCCAAGCAGCAAUCAGUCCUACGAGGAGUUGCAGAACCAGCGGUGCCUAGCCAACGUCAGGGAGAGGCAAAGGACACAGUCGCUCAACGAAGCCUUCUCGUCUUUACGCAAAAUCAUCCCCACUCUACCCUCGGAUAAACUGAGCAAGAUCCAGACACUAAAACUGGCCUCCAGAUACAUAGACUUCCUCUAUCAGGUGCUGCAAAGCGACGAGAUGGACAACAAGAUGUCGAGCUGCAGCUACGUUGCGCACGAGAGACUCAGUUAUGCUUUCUCGGUGUGGAGGAUGGAGGGCGCUUGGUCAAUGUCUGCAACGCACUAGCACCCAAAGCCCUUCACUCAUUGCCAAAGCGACUGUUUACUUCUACAAAGUACGAAGACACCCAAUCUAUUGAAGAACCCACGAACCUCAGAAACAUUGUCAAGAGACGUAAUGUGACACACAACUCUCCUGGGGUGUGUUGAGUGCAAUUACCUAACACAUGGAACAGUGCGAGAAGGAGUAAAAAUAACCCCGAAAAUCAUGUUGCAUACUCAGACAGUGUUGUCAGACAGUGUUGUCAGACAGUGUUGUCAGACAGUGUUGUCAGACAGUGUUGUCAGACAGUGUUG